UUUUCGGUUGAUUUCCUGGGACAAGAGCGGAUGGAACAGGAACAGCUGUUCGACAGAUGACAGCUCAUGCUCUGAAUUCGUUUUAAUUGUUGUUUUCUGUAGUUAGAGAAACUAUUUUAAACCUGGAUUUACUUCUGCAAGUGCCGAUAGCACAACAUAUGUACUGUUGAUGCUCUAUUCAUUUUAACAGGAUAUGAAAAAAGGGAAGAAACACCAGCAAGGUACAGGAGCCAGGGUGAAUGGAAAUGGAAAUGCACAGCGACAUGGAGAGCACGAAUCGUGGAAGAAGCUGAAGCUGGUGGAGAUCCACCAGGCCCUGAACUGUGACCCGGUGGACAUUGAGACCCUGCGGAGGGCGGCCAUCAGCAAGGGAGGCCUUCUAACAGACGAGAUCAGAAGGAAAGUCUGGCCCAAGCUGCUCAGCGUCAAUGUGUACAACUUGCCUGCUAAACCUACAAAGGAUGUCCGAGAGAACCACAAGGACUUCAACCAGGUGCUCCUUGACGUCAGGAGGUCCAUGAAACGUUUCCCAAGAGGCAUGCGUGUGGACGAGAAGCAGGUGCUACAGGAACAGCUGAUUGACAUCAUCCUGGUUGUUCUACAGAAGAACCCUGCGUUACACUACUACCAGGGUUACCAUGACAUCGUGGUCACCUUCCUGCUGGUGGUCGGGGAGCGCAUGGCCAUCGCCAUUUUGGAGACCCUUUCCAAUCACCACCUCAGGGAUUUCAUGGAUCCUACCAUGGACAGCACCAAGCACAUACUGAACUACCUAAUGCCAAUACUGGAGCAAGUUGAUCCACAACUACAUGAUUUUAUGCUGAGGGCCGAGGUGGGCACCAUCUUUGCUCUGAGCUGGCUCAUCACAUGGUACAGCCACGUCCUGUCUGAGUUCCGUCACAUCCUCAGGCUCUAUGACUUCUUCCUGGCUUCACACCCCCUGAUGGCCAUCUACUUCGCUGCCGUGAUCGUCCUGCACAGGGAGAAGGAGGUGAAGCAAACCGAGUGUGACAUGGCCAUGGUGCACCAACUCCUGUCCCAGAUCCCCCAGGACCUGCCCUACGAGGAGCUCAUCACCCAGGCCCACUGCCUCUUUACCUGCUACCCGCCCUCCCUGCUGGCCAAGUGUGCUGCGCUGCAGUCCCGCAAGAGCAUCACCAUCAACUGUUUCAAGGCCUUCCAGACGGCCACUGAGCAGCAGCGGCCCGACUCGGUCCUCCGUCGGCAGCUCCUCCGGGCCCGAGGCCUCGGGGGCCCAGACUCCCAGCUGGUCCUUUCCAGGGACACGCAGCCCAACCAGGCUGCCAACCAGCUCGUCAAGAUGGCCGUGUGGGGCAUCUCAGCCACCCUGGGGGCGGCCGCUCUGGCUGUGGCCCAGACCGUCCUGGACUGGGCUCCUGACUUCUUCUGAUGGACAUACUGCAGCCUGCCGUUAAGGAGUA